GCGAGUUAUAGUCUAACAGCAGGGAGCUACCUGCAUGCUAGAUGCAGGCCGGGUUCUCACCAGAAAACACGGCAUCAUUUGGAAAAGGAAGAUUCUCCUUUGAAUCACAAGGCAGGCACAGAAAUCAGGCUCAAAAGCCACAUUGCACCAAUCAACACGAAAAAUGCUUUUAAUAUCGGAGCCAUCUUAAGAGGGCUGAGCUAGCCGGACGUCAUGCCUGCUUGGCUGAUUGCUCUGCUGAGCACGGAAGUAUUACUUCUAGCAGAUCCCUACCUGAGUUUCCAGGUUGAACCUGCAGAAGGUAGCCUCGCAGGGGGAACGUGGAUCACAGUUGUUUUUGAAGGUUUGGAGAAAAGUGUUCUUUACCCCACCAACGGCUCUCAGCUGGAGAUAGACCUGGUGAAUGUGGCAGUUCCUGCCUUGCCGAGGAUCCCCUGUGAUGUCUCUCCUGUCUUCCUGGAUUUGCCUGUGGUGACUUGCCAGACCAGAUCUCUGCUGUCUGAAGCACAUGCAGGUCUGUACUCUCUGGAGAUACGCUCUGGGGAGCAAGUGAUCGGCAGCCCAUGUCCAGGGUCACUAGACGGCUGUGCUUUCAAGUUUUCCAAGGCACAGACACCUGUUGUGUAUCAAGUUAACCCGCCAAGUGGAGUACCAGGAGAAGUAGUACAUGUGUAUGGCUGGAUCAUCACUGAUCGGUUGGAGACCUUUGAUACUGAUGUGUACUACAUUGACAGCCCAUUGAUCCUGGAAGCUGGUAGAGACAAAUGGCUUACUCCUUGUUCCCUUGUAAAUAGGCAGACAGGAAGCUGUUUUCCCAUCCAGGAGGAACAUGGCCUUGGGACUGUGCAGUGUCGUGUGGAAGGCGAUUACAUUGGUUCCCAGAAUGUUAGUUUCUCAGUAUUUAACAAAGGGAGGUCAAUGGUGCACAAGGAAGCCUGGCUGAUCAGUGCUAAACAGGACCUGUUCCUAUACCAGACACACUCAGAAAUCCUAUCUGUGUUUCCAAAAGUUGGGAGCCUUGGUGGAAGAACAGACAUCACCAUUUCAGGAGAUUUCUUUGACCCUUCUGCCCGGGUUACCAUUGCAGGCAUCCCAUGUGACAUUAGACGUGUGUCUCCCAGGAAGAUUGAGUGCACCACCCGGGCUCCAGGAAAAGGAGCAAGGCUCACUGCUCCUCAGGCAGGCAAUCGAGGACUUCUUUUUGAAGUUGGAGAUGCUGCUGCAGAUGCGGAGCUGAAUGCGGCCACCCCAGGGUACAGGUGGCAGAUAGUCCCCAAUGCCAGUUCUCCAUCUGGAUUUUGGUCAAAGGAAGGGCAACCUUUCAGGGCACGGCUCAGUGGGUUCUUUGUGGCUCCAGAGACAAACAAUUACACAUUCUGGAUCCAGGCUGACAGCCAAGCUUCCUUGCAUUUCAGUCGCUCCGAGGAGCCAAGGACUAAGGUAGAGGUGGCCUCUGUUGGAGUUGGCACUGCUGACUGGUUUGACUCUUGGGAGCAGAAAGGGAAUGAAGGGAGUUGGCAACAGAAGACCACUAAGUUAGAACUGCGGGCAGGAGGCAAGUACUACUUGGAAGCAGAGCAGCAUGGGAUAGCCCCCAGCAGGGGGAUGAGAAUUGCCGUCCAGAUCCACAACACCUGGCUGAAUCCUGAUGUGGUCAACACUUACCUUCUGGAGAAACACCAGAUCCGAGCCCGAGCCCAGAGACUUCCAGAGCUACAGAUGUUGAAUGUGUCAGCUAGAGGAAACUUUUUCCUUACUUGGGACAAUGUCUCUAGCCAGCCAGUUCCUGCCAACGCUACAGCUCAACAGAUCCAAGCCACCAUUGAGGAGCUUCUUGUGGUUAAGUGCAAUCUGGAACCAGUUUCAGCUCGCAUUCUACUCCGACUUGGAUUUGAGCAAGGCCUAGAAGGUUCCAGCUCUGAUGGGGUCCUCACCACUUCAACUGAACCCUUCUGUGGCAGAUUCAGCCUUGGUCAACUUCAACACCUUAUCCUAAAACCCUCAGCUGCCAAACAUGGCUACCAGCUGGAUCAGUACCCAUAUCUGUGCACUGCAUACAGAGGCCACAUAAACGGGACUGCCCUGAAGAUGACUGUUUCUUUCAUAUUUGGCUUCCAAAAUAUCACGAAGAAUACCACUUGCGACUGGAGUCUCACGGAACCUCACCCUGAGAGCUGGCAGUUCGCUUGCGUUAACCUCUGGGACACAUGUGUGCAUCACUCUGAGGAUCUCCAGUCUUCUCUGACAAACACUGCGUUGCUGGUUCAUCGGAUUGACAUCCUUCCUGUGGCCCCGGAGGCGGGCCUGCUCUAUCUGGAUGAAAUUAUCCUUGCAGACACAAACGUAACAGUUUCUCAAGCUGAUUCUGGAACAGCCCGCCCAGGUGGGAAUCUGGUGGAGUCAGUCUCUGUGGUGGGAUUCCCUCCAGUCUACCGCAUAGCCUUCUGGUUGGCGGGGUGUGGCUCAGAGCUCCCACUCAUCACUGCAUGCUACGUGCCCGCUGAGGGGACAGGUGAAGGAUCAGAACUGAUUGAAGUGACCGCACAGCGACUCCAGAGGACAAGCCCGCCUUUGGGAGGACACUUCUUCCUCCAACUCUCCGACACAGUGAUACUCGAUGUUCCGGUGCACAUGUCUUCCAGACAUCUUCAUAAGCUAUUGCAGGACAAUGCUGAUGAGUCCACAUCUGGAUACCUCAAUGUCAGUGACUUCACUGUGACAAAGGAGCUACACUCCUGCUAUGAACAUGUGUGGACUCUUUCUUGGACUACUCAGACUGGGGAUUUGCCCAAUUUUAUCAGAGUCUCAGAUCAAAAUCUUACUGGGGUGAAUCCUGCAGUAAUUGCUCGUGUGGUAUAUGACGGUGGAGUUUUCCUUGGACCCAUCUUUGGAGACAUGUUGGCUACUGCCAACCAGCAAACUCAGGUGGCUGUACAAGUGAAUGACGUACCAGCCUCCUGUUCGGGCUCCUGUUCUUUCCAAUACCUGCAAGAGUCAACUCCCAGUGUGGAUUAUGUGUGGUAUUCCCCUGGUUGUGACGUCAACCUACUGGUUUAUUUUACUGGAACUGGUUUCCUUGGAGAUUCCCAGUCCUUACAGGUUACAGUGAACAAAACAAGUUGUGAAGUUAUUUUCUCAAAUGAAACAAACGUGGUCUGUGAGAUGGACCUGUUACCAGUGGGAGUGCAUCGGAUUUUGAUGCUGGUGAGACCUUCAGGCCUUGCUGUUAAUGCCAGUGGAGAAGGCCUCUUCCUGCAUGUGGAACCCAGGCUCGAUGCUGUGGAGCCUGCUACGGCUGCAGAGAUAGGAGGACUGUUGGUUACCCUCCGAGGCUCCAGUUUGGAAGGUGUCAGCCUGGUGUUGUUUGGAAGGCAGUCCUGUGCCAUUGAUGUCAUCAACAGCAAUUCACAACAAAUUCAAUGCAAAGUCCCACCCAGGGGGAAAGAUGGAUACACCGUGAAUGUGACUGCGAUCAGUGGAAGCCACUCCACAGUUCUUCCCAGAGCGUUUACUUACGUCUCCUCUUUAAAUCCAGUGAUGGUGUCUUUGAGCAGAAACACAAGCAACAUAGCAGGAGGAGGGAUCCUGUUCCUUGGGAUGACGCGGCUGGUGAACUACACUGAUCUGGAUGUACAAAUCCGUGUGCAGGACACCUGUGCUCAGGUCCUCACACAGACAGCUUGGGGACUGGAGGUGGUGCUGCCCCCACUGCUGGCUGGCACCCACAUGAUUUCAGCCUUCAUUAAUGGAGUGAGCAUUCGUUCACAGGGGGUUGAUCUCCAUAUCCAAUACCUCACUGAAGUUUUCAGCAUGGAGCCUUGCUCUGGGUCUCUUUUGGGUGGAACUAUCCUCAGCCUUUCAGGAGCAGGACUUGGCAGAGAUCCGAGUCUGAUUUGGGUACUUGUGGACAGUCAGCCUUGUGAUAUUGUGAAUUUAACAGAAGUGACUGUCUGGUGUGAGACUCCUCCAGCUGCGCUGCCCCCCAGGGCCGAUGGUCUCACUGUGCCAGCUUCUGUGGAGAUCUGGGUUGGCAACACUUCCUUCCUCCAUGGACCAAGCUUGGUGGGGAAGGGCUUUACCUUCAUGUAUGAAGCCGCAUCAACACCAGUGGUCACUGCUAUGUGGGGAGAACUCGCGAACAACAGCCUGGGGUUCUAUGUGGAAGGAAAUAACCUCUCUGACUCAGCCAUUCUUUUGGGAACCUUGAAAUGUGACCUUCAAGUGCAGUCUUUUGUCGAUAACAUGAACCUGUCUGAGUGCUCCUUUCCUCUCUCCGAUUUGGAAGCAGGGGUCUAUCCUCUCCAACUUCGUCACAAGUGGAUGGGGUUUGCCAAUAUGUCCGCAGUGCCCCAGGAAUUUGAAUUGUCACCCCGGAUAGUGACCAUCUUCCCAACACGUGGUUCUAUGUGUGGUGGGACAAUACUCACUGUGAAGGGUGUUGCCUUCAGUUCUAGAAGGAAGUCAGUUCAUGUCAAUCUUCCACACCCUUUUGCUUGUGUGAUUUUGAGUUUGGGAGACCAUACAGUUCUAUGCCAGACCAAAUUGGUGGGUGACCACUUUUCUCAAGUGUCAUCUGCUCUAAAUGUCACAGUUCUGGUCAAUGGACUGGCCAGCAAAUGCGAGGGGAACUGUACCCUCUUCAUGCAGGAAGAAACAACUCCUGUUGUGGAUGCCUUGACUCUAAGCAUCAAUGGUUCCCUCACCACAGUGCUGAUGAGAGGCCGGAGGUUGGGUACCGCUGUUGCUGAGCCAACAGUGUUUGUGGAUGAACAACUUCCUUGCCACACAACUUUCUUCAAUUCCAGCCAUGUGGCAUGCCAGAUGAGUGAUUUGACCCCAGGGUCUCACUACCUGUCAGUUGUUCAUACAAGCACUGGAUACGCUUGCCUGGACAGUGUUUAUAGAAGCUUCUUCAUUGUCCCUCAGGUGUUUGAAUAUUUUCCUAAGAAUUUCAGCAUCCAUGGUGGAAGUCUCUUGACCAUAGAAGGCACAGCUCUUAGAGGAUGGAAUGCUACGUUUGUCUAUGUUGGCCAACAGGCUUGUCUAACAGUGAACAUCAGUUCUGAGCUCAUCCAGUGCAUUAUGCCUGCAGGAAAUGGCUCUGUUGCUCUGGAAGUAGAGGUGGAUGGAGUUUUGUAUCACAUGGGACUUGUUGGUUAUAGCAGUGUCUUUACCCCAGAAUUGCUUUCUGUUUCACGGAAUCAUGACAUCUUAACCUUUGCAGUGGCCCAGAUCUCAGGGGCUGCAAAUGUUGACAUAUUUGUCGGGAUGUCACCAUGUGUAGGUGUCUCUGGUAACCGUACAGUUCUCCAAUGCGUGGUCCCUUUCCUUCCUGCUGGGGAGUAUCCUGUCACAGGUUACGAUCACUGCAGAGGAUGGGCCUCAUCGGCUCUCGUCCUCGAGCUGAGAGCCGCUGUGACCUCAGUGACUGAGAACUUUGGCUGCCUGGGUGGAAGGCUUUUGCAUGUGUUUGGAGCAGGAUUUUCUCCAGGGAACAUCUCAGCUGCCGUGUGUGGUGCUCCGUGCCAAGUCUUGGCUAAUGCAACAGUGUCUGCCUUCAGCUGCUUGGUUCUGCCCCUGGAUGUGUCCUUGGCUUUCCUGUGUGACCUGAGGCAUGCAGAAGACAGCUGUGAAGCUAGAAGCCACACCUACUUGCAGUGUGAGUUGACUGUCACCAUGGGGACACAGAGACUGCCUGGAUCCUGGCCCUACCUCUACCUUUGUGAAGAGAGUUCCCAGUGUCUCUUUGCACCAGAUCACCGGGCAGAGCCAGCCUUCCCAUUGUUCUCAGGCCUCUUCCUCAGCCCUAAAGUGGAAAGAGAUGAAGUUCUCAUCUAUAAUAGCUCCUGUAACAUUACCAUGGAAACUGAGGCAGAGAUGGAGUGCGAGACGCCUAAUCAGCCAAUUAUCGCCAAGAUUACUGAAAUACAGAAAAGCCGGGGCCAGAACACUCAGGGCAACUUUUCCUUCCAGUUCUGCCGGAGGUGGUCCAGGCCUCACAGUUGGUUUCCCCAAAGAGUGCCACACGAUGGCGACAAUGUCACAGUGGAGACCAGUCAGCUGCUACUGCUUGAUGUGAACACAAGCCUCCUGAACUCGCUGCACAUUAAAGGCGGCAAGUUGAUUUUCAUGGAGCCAGGACCCAUCAAGCUCAGAGCCCACUCCAUCCUUAUUACAGAUGGUGGAGAGCUCCAUAUUGGAUCUGAGGACAAGCCUUUCCAAGGCAAAGCAUGGCUCAAACUCUAUGGAAGUUCCUACUCUACUCCCUUCUUUCCGUAUGGAGUGAAGUUCCUGGCUGUGAGGAAUGGGACUCUUUCCCUGCAUGGUUCAGUUCCAGAAGUUACUGUCACCUCCCUUCGAGCAGCUGCAUGUGCAGGAGACACGACAUUGGUUCUGGAGGAAGCUGUGGACUGGCACCCUGGGGAUGAGGCUGUCAUCAUCAGUGGAAUGAGUGUUGAAGGUGCUGGACCGAUGGAAGAGGUUGUUGUUGUGGAAACUGUGCACAAUACAUACCUCCAUCUCAGGACCCCCUUGAGAUAUUCUUACAACUUCACAGAGAACUGGGUAGCUGGAAAGAAUCAUAUUUUGAAGGCUACUGUGGCUCUUCUCAGCAGGAACAUUGUCAUCCAAGGAAAUCUCACUCUUGAGAGGGUAAAGCGCCUCCAUUCCUGCCAGGAGGCCAAUGCUACUAAAGGUAACCUAAAGCACUGUUUUUACUCUAAGAGUGAAAAGAUGCUGGGAGCCAGGGAUCUGGGGGCCAGAGUAAUCAUUCAGUCCUUCCCAGAGGAACCCAGCUUGGUCAAGCUGAAGGGAGUUCAGUUUCAAGACCUGGGGCAGGCCUUCCAUAAGCAUCUGAGCUCACUCACCCUGGUGGGAACUAUGAGAGGUUCCUAUCUCCAGAGCUGUUCAAUGUGGGGCUCCUUCAGCAGAGGCCUUAGCAUGCAUAGGACCUGGGGCCUGAGGGUGGACAGUAAUAUAUUCUACAAGAUUAUAGGCCAUGCCCUGUUGGUGGGGACCUAUAUGGACAGUAAGUUUGGCACUAGUGAGACUAUUAUUGGAAGAAAAAAUGACUGGUGGGAACAGGGAAGUACAAUAAGAAACAAUGUGAUCAUCAGUGUUUCUGGGGCUGAGGGACUGUCCAGUCCUGAAAUUUUGGCACCAGCUGGCAUCUACACUUACAGUCCCACCAUCGUGGUAGAGGGCAACAGAGUUUGUGCAGCUGGCUAUGGCUAUGUUUUCCACCUGGUGACCAACCAAACAUCACAAGCUCCACUCCUCUCAUUCACGUUGAACAUUGCUCAUUCUUGUACCAGGUACGGUCUCCUUAUAUAUCCUAAAUUUCAGCCACUGUGGAAUAAUGAUACUGGCCUCACUCUCUUCCAAGAUUUCAUGGUUUGGGGAAGUGCAGGUGGUGCCCAGAUUUUUAGGAGUAAUAAUCUACACCUGAAAAACUUCCAAGUGUAUGCAUGCAGAGAUUGUGGAAUCGACAUUUUGGAAAGUGAUGCAAACACUUUGGUUACCGACAGCUUGUUACUUGGUCGGUUCACACAUGAGGGAAGUCUAUGUAUGUCAGCUGGAAUUAAAACUCCCAAAAGAUGGGAACUGAUGGUUUCUAAUACAACUUUUGUUAAUUUUGAUCUGAAUUGUGUGGCCAUCAGAACCUGUUCUGGCUGUUCCCAAGGACAGGGUGGAUUUACUGUGAAGACCAGGGAAUUGAAGUUUGAAAACUCUCCAAAUUUAGUAGCAUUUCCAUUUCCUCAUGCAGCAGUUUUGGAAGACUUGGAUGGGUCCUUGUCUGGGAAAAAUGGAAGUCAUAUUCUUGCUUCUAUGGAAACCCUCUCAGAUACAUGCUUGGCCAAUGCAAGCUUCAGUCAUAUUGUCCCUGGCAGCAUCUGUGGGGAAGGUGUUCUCUUUCAUCGUAUGUCUAUUGGUUUAGAGAAGGCCCUUGGUGUUCCUAAGAAUUUAAUCAUAACUGACAGCAGAAACAAGACGAUCACUGUCAAUUAUGUGGGUGACACAUUGUCUAACUAUUAUGGCUGGAUGGCUCUACUCUUGGAUCAAGAGACCUACUCGCUGCAGUUCCAGAGCCCUUGCAUGGACAGGUCUUUGCAGUACUUGGCAACCUUUGACAGCUUUGCCCCCCAAAGUCAUCUCUUGCUGCAGCACGGGGACCUGCCGCCUUACCCGGACAUCCUCAUCAGAUGUGGGAAUCUCCCGGGUCAGUCACUUCCAUCUCCUCCUUUGCCCAGUCAUGACAGAGGCUGUGACUGGUUCUUCAACAGCCAGUUAAGGCAGCUCACCUAUCUGGUUUCAGGUGAAGGUCAAGUUCAGGUGUUUCUCCAGGUGAGGGAAGGUGUGGCUCCCACUGUUUCGGCUUCUACAUUUGUACCUGAAUCAGCUUUAAAAUGGUCCCUUCCUGAAACAUGGCAAGACGUUGAAAAAGGCUGGGGAGGAUACAACCAGACCACCCCAGGACCUGGUGAUGACGUCUUGAUUUUACCCAACAGGACUGUUCUUGUGGAUACCGAUCUCCCAGUACUUAGACGCCUCUAUGUGAUGGGGACCUUAGAAUUCCCUGUGGACAGAAGCAAUGUUCUGAGUGUGGCAUGCUUACUCAUUGCAGGAGGGGAGCUGAAAGUAGGUACUUUAAAAAAUCCCUUAGAAAAAGAACAAAGACUUCUGAUUCUCCUUAGAGCCUCAGAAGAAAUCUUUUGUGACCAUUUGGAUGGAAUUCGUGUUGACCCAGGAACAAUUGGAGUUUAUGGGAAACUUUACCUUCACAGUGCUUAUCCUAAGAAAUCCUGGGUACACCUUGGAGCUGAUAUUGCACCAGGAAAUGAGAGAAUCAUAGUAGAUGAUGCAGUGGAUUGGCAGCCCCAUGACAAAGUCAUCCUCAGCUCUUCUUCUUAUGAGCCUCAUGAGGCAGAGGUCCUCACCAUAAAGGAAGUCAAGGGCCAUCACAUCAGGAUCUAUGAACGUCUUAGACAUCGGCACAUUGGAAGUGCACACAUCAUGGAGGAUGGUCAACACAUUCCUUUGGCUGCUGAGGUUGGACUGUUGACUAGGAACAUUAAAAUUCAGUCUGACUCAUCAUGUAAAGGGAGACUCCUUGUGGGGUCCUUCAGGAAGUCUAGCAGAGAAGAGUUUUCUGGUAUUCUUCAACUUCUAAAUGUAGAAAUUCAGAACUUGGGGUCGCCAAUGUAUUCAUCCAUUGAAUUCACUGGUGUGUCAGCUGGAUCCUGGGUAAUAUCCUCUACUAUACAUCAAAGCUGCGGCAUGGGCAUCUGUGCAUCUGCCAGUCAUGGGAUGAUUUUAAAUGACAAUGUAGUGUUCAGCACAAGUGGCCAUGGCAUUGAUCUGGAGGGUCAGAACUAUUCUCUCACUAAUAACCUUGUUGUCCUGACGAUGCAGUCAGCAAGGUCAUCUCCUUGGGUGGCAGGAAUCAAAGUGGACUAUGCAAAGGAUAUCAUUCUUCGUGGCAAUGUGGUGGCAGGGUCAGAAAGACUUGGCUUUCACGUAUGUGGCCAUAGGUGCUCUUCUGAAGUGCUUUGGUCUGACAAUGUGGUCCACUCAAGUCUUCAUGGCCUUCACCUCUACAAGAAACAUGAAUCCAACAACUGUACCGGUAUCUCUGGAUUCCUGGCUUUUAAGAACUUUGACUAUGGUGCCAUGGUGCAGACGGAGAAUAGUGUGGACCUGCAGAAUAUCACUCUGGUAGACAAUACUAUUGGUCUUUUGGUAGUUGGGUAUGCAUCUUCGGCUCCACCGGGCUCCAUCAGAGCUGUGCAGAUUGUGCUUAGGAAUUCAAUCAUUGUGGCCACUAGCUCCUCUUUUGACUGCAUUCAAGAUAGAAAGACACCUCAGUCAGCCAACUGGACAUCAACAGAUAGAGCACCUUCCAAUCCCAGAGGAGGCCGGAUUGGUAUUCUGUGGCCAAUUUUCACCUCAGAACCAAAUCAAUGGCCACAGGAGCCAUGGCAUAAAGUGAGAAGUGGCCAUCCAGUUUCAGGAAUUAUGAAGCUUCAAGAUGUCACAUUUUCUAGUUUUGUGAAGAGUUGCUAUAGUGGUGACCUGGAUGUUUGCAUCCUGCCUAAUGAGUAUAGCACUGGAAUCAUGUACCCAAUAACAGCAGAGAGAACCAGAAUGCUGAGGAUGAAGGACAAAAACAAGUUCUACUUCCCUCCAUCACAGCCCAGGAAAGAUUUAGAAGGAACCGUUUGCCUUGAAUCUGACUGGGAAAGUCCAAGAAAAUACCUUUUCACCGAUCUGGAUGGGAGAACCCUGGGUCUGCCUCCACCCGUCUCUGUGUUUCCAAAGAUAGAGGCAGAAUGGACUGGAUCAUUCUUCAACACAGGUAUAUUCAGAGAAGAGCAGAAAUGCACAUUCCGAGCAAUGAUCCAUGGCUUCUUCUGCAAGCAGACUGACCAUGUAGUCCUAAUUCUCCAUAAUGUUGAUGAAACUUGGACAGUCCCAACGUCAUACCCACUUGUAUCCGUUACUAAUGGCUUUGUUGACACAUUUAGCAGGGUGAAGGAUAGUACCCCAUGCGCUACCACUACCUCUGUGUCUACUUUCUAUACCAUCUUACCUACCAGGCAAAUUACCAAAGUAUGCUUUGUGGAGCGAACACCCCCAUUAUUGCACUUUUCUCUACUGGGCAACAGAAGCACCUCCAAGCUCAUUUUGGCUGUGUUCUACAAUGAGAUUCAGAGCCCUCACGUUUUCUUAGAAAAAAAGUUGAUUCCACCUACUCCAGUAGAGUCAGCGUCUUCAUUGUUGAAUGAGUCUGCUGGUGCCAACUACUUUGACAUCAUGAAUAACCUCUUGUAUGUUGUGCUGCAAGGAGGGGAGCCUCUUGAGAUACACUCCAGUGUUUCCAUUCAUUUGGCUUUCACUGUGACAUUUUCAGUCCUAGAAAAAGGAUGGGAAAGAGCAAUGCUUGAAAGCCUAACACGCUUCUUACAGAUUGACCCAAACCAAAUCAAAUUCACUCUGCAGAUGCCUGGCACCAAAGAGACCUUAGAGGCCAUGGCAAACAGUAGAGGAAAACGAAAACGCAAUUGCCCAAUUGUAACUUAUGAUAGCGCUUCGACCAGAUUUGGUCAACGCAGACCUCUCAUGGCAGAAAUGAUGUCAUACAGGAUCACACCGACAAGCUCUGUGGAAACUUUCUCAAAGGUGAUUGUCAUCGAAAUUGGUGAUCUGCCAAAUGUAAGGAGCACUGAAUUCAUUCCAUCCUUCCCAAGUAACAGAUUACAGAAUUUGGCUUACCAAGUUAUCACUGCUCAACAGACUGGAGUCCUGGAAGAUAUUCUCGGUAUGACUGUCGGGGCCCUACUGGUGACUCAGUCAGAGGAAGUCACAGGCUAUAGAAAUGCAAGUAGUUUAAGAACUGGGAACCCCAUAUAUACCCGGCCCUCUGUACUUUCCGUGCUGGUCCAGCCUUCAGAUGGGGAAGUGGGAGUAGAUCUGCCAGUUCAGCCACAGCUUGUCUUCCUGGAUGAGAAGAACCAAAGAGUGGAGACUUUGGGUCUCCCCUCGGAGCCUUGGAUUAUUUCAGCUUCCCUGGAAGGGGCAUCGGAUUUGAUGCUAAAAGGAUGUACCCAGGCAGAAGCACGGGAUGGCUAUGUGAGCUUCUCCAGAUUGUCCGUCUUGAUCUCUGGGUCAAACUGGCGCUUGGUUUUUACUGUUACUUCCCCUCCAGGUGCUAAUUUUACAGCUCGAUCCAAGACCUUUUCUGUCUUACCUGUGACCCACAAGGAGAGAUCAACGAUCAUCCUGGCCUUGUCCCUGUGCUCACUGGUGUCGUGGCUGGCUCUGACCUGUCUCAUUUGCUGCUGGUUUAAGAAAAACAAAAAUAGAAAAAUAAAACCUGAAGACGUGUCUGAAUCCCGGGCUAAGGAUCAAAAGAAGAACACCCAUCUCUCUUCCAAACACCGAGGAGGACUACAUGUAAAGACAGCAAAGGAAGACUCCGCAAUGGGGGAAGAUAUGAGAAUGAAGGCCGUGCAGGGAAGGCAGAACCAGUUUCCCCAACAGUCAGUGGAAGGAGUGUCCAAAAGAAAUGUUAGUCGCCAUGCUGUCCCAGAGGAAGGAGCUGCUACACCUGCCCCGAAGACUCCCAGAAUCACAUCCCAGGGGCUCACCUGUGUUCCAGGAUCGCUUGCUCAGCAGCUGACCCUGCAGGAGCCUGGGAAUUGGAAGGAAGCCCAGAAACAGUUGCUCAGAUACCAGCUGGCAGGGCACAAUCAGCUGCUCCUGCUAUGUCCGAACCUCAGGCGAGAGAGGCAGCAGGGUCAGCAGUCUAGCCAGCUGAACAAAGGGAGUGACUGCACGGAGCUUUCCCCAGAGAAGGGCACUUGUGUUCCCUCUGAGACUGUCUGCCUCCACACAGCACCGUCAGAAACUAUCCAGUAACAGCUCUGAGUGUGGAACAGUGUGGGUGUUUGUAGGAAAAUAAAAAAAUUAUUUCUACAUAGUAAAUGGGAGAGAAGAGGCCUGAUCUGGCAGGACAACUAUGGGGGAGUAUGGGCUUUCAAUCUUUUGACUUUAAUGUGGAAGACAGUCGGAGAAAGGCUUGUAGACCGAGACUGUGACUGAUUAUGUCUCUUGUAACUGUCAUUGAUCCUACCCAAUUCCAGCAAAUAAUAGGCUCUCAAACACUUGCUGAUGUUUUCCUAGGUUCAGACUGGUUGCAAUGCAGCCAACUUUAUACCUGUGCUAUACUGAAUUUCACUAUUAGGAACUGUGACUUAAGCCUCUCUUACAGUGAACUCCCACAAUGCUUUGGGCUUGUCUUCUAGAAGACUUGUGAUUGGUUUAGUGAGCUGCAGUUAUAUUUGCAAUGCUACAGAAUACUCAAGAGGCAUCUUGUUCCUUGCUCCACCAAAACUUACCCUCCCACAAGAGUCAAAUUCAUGACUAUUACUUAUAGAUUUUAUUUCAUUUAAAUUCAGUCAGUUUAAAUUCAGUCAUUGUUGAGAGCUGUCUGUAUUACAAAUAUUGUCAUUUGUACCUCAUGAGUAUUUUUACUGGAAAGAUUAUGAUCACGUGGGCUUUGUUGGAAUUUCAGUUAAUAAAGAUGUGAAAAUACUAAA